UCGCUCAUCCUCCACCAUCGCCUCUCUCUCUCUCUCUGUCUCGUUCGCGGCUUAGCUCGCAGGGUUGAGUUUCUUCAUUUCGGAGCGGAUCUUCAAUGGCUUUCUUGCUCAACAAAACCAACACCGUUCUCCCUCAUCUCCGAUCUCGUCCUCAGCGGACGGAGGAUGCCCUCGCGCUGUCGCGUCGUGGAUUCCACGUCGAACCAGGGCCUCGCGAGAAAGCCCUUCUAGCACCAGAUCCAGUUCUAAGCCGUUUCAAGUCACAUAAGAAGGGUGUAAAGCGUUUGAAAAGAAUUGGAGAUGUCCUCACAAUUGUUGUCGUUGCUGGAUGCUGCUAUGAGAUCUAUGUGAAAGCUGUGAUGAGAGAAGAAGCUCGAGAAGAAGCUCGAAAACAGGGGAGUACUGCUAGUGAAAAUGCUUAGUGAAGUGUUCAUUUCCUAAACUUUUGUAUGUUUGUCUAGCCUUAGUUUGGGAGAACAGUGGCCAAUAAGCAGGACACUACUACAUGAAAUGCUCCUCUGUUUGACGUUUUGCAUCUCCAUUUCCAUUUCUCAUUUAAUGGGACGGAACACAUCCAUCCAUCGGACGAUGAAGAGUCAAAUUGCCUAACUUAGAUUGGUGUGCAAGGCUCUUCGGAUGGCAAAUAAGAGAGCGCAAUUGGUGUAUGACCGUGUUUCCUUUGCUUCUCUUUGGAGUAAGGUGAUUUCAGUGAGGGUUGCAUAGUGAGAGAAGCAAGAGGAUAUUCAUCCACCGCCCUCGCCUUCUUUCUCGUGUUGGUGCACUCCUAAGCGUAACUUACCUCUUGUCUUUGACCCUCUAUCUAACGUGGAAACUUUUGUCUUCUAAUAAAAAAGUGUUGUUGCGUUGC